CAAAGUAGGCCCUAGUCCUAAGCCUAAUUCACAUUGAACUUUCUUUGCAAGAAGUGCCAACAAAAAAGUUUACAAUCUCUGAGCAAAAUGUUGUCAUCCCAGAGACAAGAUGAGACUGAGAACCAGCCAUUCUUUAAACCUUCCUCUCAGAGCCAGAGUACAUCGCACAGUUUCUUUAUGUUUGGUGAGAGAGAGCCAUCAAGGAGUACUGCAGCCUCAAUAUUCCAGGAUUCAAACUCUCAAUCACAGCAAACAAGUACGGCCAGAUCAUCCUUGCUGAUCACACCAAGCUUGUGCCCUUCAGCCACAACUGCAUCAAACAUGCCAGAGCGUCAGUACCAGCAGCAGCAAGUGCAGCAGCAGCAGCAGCAGCCAGAGACGUCAGACUUGUCUGAUAGCUCCGACCGCCUCAGCUUGCUGCACACACGCCUUCAUAACGAGGCUGACAAAAUCAGGAGUUGGAAAGUCAAAACUGAGAUGGAUCUAAAGCAGAGGGAGAGAAAGCUCCAGGAUUCACAGUGUACAAUUGAGUCUCAGAAAAAGUCAAUUCUUGAGUUACAGCUUCAAAAUGAGAAUCUCAGCAGAAAGUUGACAGAAGAAAUGGACAACCGAUCAGAUAUUUCUGAAAAGAUCGAGUCAACUAGAGACAUGUGCAACCUCCUGAAGGACUACACAACCAAAUUGCGAGACAGAGCGGUGAUGUGUGAGAGUGACAGAGAUGAGCUCAGAACAGUGGAAAAACAGAACAUGGAGGAAUUGGAGGAAUUGGGAGUAAUGUUCAAAGACCUAAGCUUGCUUCACGAGAACAAGGUGAAUGACCUGAUUUUGGCAUUGGACAAUGAGAAGGACUCUAAUUUGAAGAAUAAUGAGCAAAUUAUCAGCCAGUUGAAGGAAGUACAGCAAAAGCUGAAAGAUCUUGAAAGACAACUUGGUGAGAAAGAAAACAGCAUUCAGCAACUGCUCGCCAAAAAGCAGGAAGUUACCCAACAGUUAGCUGAAUUGAAAAGGGAAAACUUAUCCCUUCAGAAGACUUUGGCUGAGGCAGUUGAUAAAGUCCAAACCCAAGCUGAAAUAUUGGAGCAAUCAGAUAAAGAGAUUCUGGAUCUUAAACAUGAGCAAGAAAAAUUAAGCAAUGAAAAGGCCCAGCUCCAGCAGGAUCUUCAAAGCCACAGCAAACACAUUGAGGAACUCAAGCAGAACAUCCAAAGUUUGACAGAAAGCAUUGAGAAACUCACCAGUGACAAGGACAUAAUCUCCUCAGAGAUACAAACGCUCAAGGAAAACUUGGCUGCAAAAUUGGGAGAAAUUGAUGGCUUGAAAGAUGAGCUCAAAGUUGUACUGGAAAGGGAGCAAGCAUCCUACGAUAAGGUGGACUCUAUCAAGAGGGAAAAUCAGGCUGAGCGGGAAGAAAAUGUGAAACUGUCAGAGCUCCUUGAGACUGCAGAAGAUGAGAAGAAAUCUCUGGAGGAUAACCUGCUGACCAAGGAAGAGCAGAUGCAGGAGAUUAGGACAAAACUUGAGGCAUUGCAUGAGACAGCUGAGGAUGGAAAGGCAAAACUUGAGGCUUCUGUGCAGAAGACCAAAGAACUUGAGGAAAAGAUUCAGAAUCUGAAAGAAACACACACGGAGCAAGAACAGAGCAAGGCUCAAGAACUCCAAGAGGAAAAAACUAAAAAUGACGGCCUAAACGAGGACCUGGAAGCCUUCAGCAACAAAUCGUCUUCCCUUGAGAGCAAGAACAAGUCUCUUCAUGGCCAAGUUGCUUCCAAGACCAAACAAGUGAAAGAUCUGCACCAAGAGCUGAAGACACUGAAGGGAAAGUUGACAACACAGACCAAGCUUACAACUGCUGCAGAAGAACAGGUCAGCUCUGUGUCCAAUGAACUUGAGGAGAAUAAGAGUGCACUUGAAGAGACGAAGACCAAGUUGUGUUCAGUGACAGAAGACCUAGAGCAUGAGAAAGCAGCACUUGAAGAACUUAAAUCGAAGCUACAUGAGAAAGAGCAGGAAGCAGAAGACAAGACUAAUGUGGUCAAGAAUCUUGAGGCAGAAGCAGUGAGUUUGCGACAGAAGACGGACUCGGCUGUGAAGGAGCACAAAGAUGCCAAGCAGGCCUGUGAGCUCCAGAUGGCAGAAGUCAGUGCCACACUGGACAAAUACAAGGCAGAGAAUGAAAGGAUGGUUGCCCAAAAGGAAAAAGAGAUUGACCAACUGAAGAAGGAAAUGGAACAACAAAAACACAACAAGAAAUUGGAGGAGGAUCAAAUCAGUCAGUUGAAGAAAGAUUUACAGGGACUGAGACAAGAGGUGGCUGAGGUUCAGGCUGAAAGAGAUGAAGCAAAGAAGCAGGUCAGCGAUCAGGAGGAGAACCUGAACAGCUUGAAAGAGAAAUUCAAAUUUAAGGAGGAUGAGUUGAAACAGCUCCUGAGUGCCGCUGUAUCCAUGGGAGAUCCAGUGGUGGGCAUCAGUCCCAUUGCUCCUAAACAGAACACAUCGCUGCCUAAGCACUCGACUCCUAAACCUACAUCCAAGCAAGUUGUGCCACACACUCCCCAAUCUCAUAUGGCUGAGAAACCCUUACCUGUGACCCCUUGUAAAAGCAGGACUCCCAGGCACAGCAUUUUGAGGCAGGCAGUAAGUGUGCCGAGGAAGAGGCAUGUUGCAUUUGUGUCUGAUGACGAGGAUAGCUUAAAUGGGUCCAUGUCUGAUUCGUCCAGCUCCCAGCUAAUGGAGAUUGAGCAAAGUGAGGUAGACCGACGUUUGAGCACCACACCUACCCAGAUGAGACUCAGCCAGACAGUCCAGCCUCUCAACGUUAAAUCUUCUAGGAAAACCCCAUCUAGUGACCAUCACACUCCAAAAAUGUCAUCUAGGAUGACUUCACAGAAGUCUGCAUCAGGAGGAAGACACACUCCACCAAAAGGCAGACCUCACUUCAAACCAAAAAAGAUGAAAGCCCAGGUAGAGGUGCCAUCUGAGAUGACGCAGGCUGAGAUGAUUCGCUUUAAGGAGCUGUACCCAGAAGAGGAAGCGGAAAUGUACCCUACUAGCAAAGCUAAGGCAAAGAAAACUCCGCCAUCGUCAGCUAACACCCGCAAGACUUCCAAUCGCAUCUUCAAGGUAAAAGGACUCCAAGACUCGUUGAAGGGUCGCAAGAAAACCAAAGCGAAGGCUGGCAAAGUAAAGGAGAACGACUUGUCGUGGCUUGAGAUGGAUGCAGUGUAUGGCUUCUUUGAAUAAAUUUAUUUCAGUUUUGUUGCCCACAUAUAAGCAGGCAACAGUGUUUCAUCGUAAUUGUAGAAAUUCCUGUUAAUAUAAAAAGCCCAGAAGAUCUUAAAAUGUGACCAAUCUAUACGCAGUUUCCUUCAUAGCUUAAGUUAUUUUUUGCACUUGUACCAAGUACUUAUUUAUUAUAAAAACUGGAUUCUGUAAAUAAGUUCAGGUGUUGUAUUCAUUUGAGUCGGUUUUCAAUUUUUUAGAGACAUGUUAUGACAGAUUUUGUGAACUAAGAAUAGUACUGUAAGUUCUUCUAUGAA